AUGGACAACAUGGAAUCAAGGCUCAAGACUGUCCCCUAUUUUCACUGUGAGAAGGGAAAUGAAUCUGUGCCCGUGUGCCAGAGGUGUGAAACGUGCAUCUUGGCUAGGAAGAUCUUCUCCACCAAAGAGUGGUUCCUAAGGGUCAGUGAGAUAGCUCAGAGGAGGUUUCUAGUGAGCAUUCUGGGACAGCUGGAUAGCCUAUAUUUGUUAUACUAUUUUCAAAAUAUCCUUCAGACCACACAGGGGAAGGAUUUCAUCUAUACCAGGUCCCGGAUCGACCUCAGCAAGCAGGAGGGGGACAUCAUGAAAUUCAUGAACCAGAUGCUGGAUAGGACAAUAGAGCAGAAGAUGAGGGAGAUAUUGUACUGGUUUGGGAGCAGCACCCACCGGACUAAGGCAAAUUACACACUCUUGCUGCUGCAGAUGUGCGACCAGAAGUUACUACUCACUGCUGCCAAUGUCAUCACAGUCCUGUUUCAGAGGGAGCAGGAUACCAUUUUAGAACUUGGUCAAGACCCCAAUCUUAUGCUUUUAUUUCCUGAGAAAUACUACAACCCCCAGCUUGAUACUUCAAAUGUCUACUGGACAGCCAGAACCCAGAGCACAUCCUUCCCUUUGUCCAAAGAUUCAGGGGGAAAAAGCUUGCUUAAAAAUGUUGGGUGGGAAGCAUCUAAUACUGAGGGACAAUGGAGGAGUUCGCUCCAGUGCAUUUCCGAGAUGAAUAGCCUAUAUUCCAGAAAAGCUCACAUGCUCAAGGCAGGCUACACCUCCUCCAAUCUGUUGGUUGACCUGGAUGUUGUCAGAGACUUGUCUUCUGGAGCCAGCAAAUACCGGGACUUCAUCCGUCAACUGCCCAUCCAUAUCUCCAAGUAUAUUCUAAGUAUGCUCGAUAAAAACACCCUGAACAGAUGUGCCGCUGUGAGCCAGCACUGGGCUGCACUGGCAAAGAAAGUCAGGAGGGACUUCUCCAUACAUUUGUUCAUUCACAAUCAGAUCGCCUUACUGCAGGGGUCCUACACAAAGGGAAUAGAUCCCACCUAUGCCUGCAAGCUUUUCGUCCCAGUUCCUAAAAUGACAGAUGACAUAAAGCGCGUACGUGCGAAAAAUCCGAAAUGGAAACUGAGAACAAAGAAUGACAACAACUUGUGGACAGCAUACCAGAACCAGGAAACCCAGCAGAUCCAGAUGGAGGAGAGAAAUGUCUUCUGUGGGACUUACAACAUCCAUAUUCUCUCUGACACGUGGGACAGAAAUAGAAUCAUCCACUAUUCUGGGGGAGAUGUGGUAGCUGUGUCAUCCAAUCGGAAGAUCCAGCUUCUGGAUGUCUCACAAGCAAAGGAGAUCCCCGUCCAGUUCCGAGGCCAUACUGGGAGUAUUCAUGCCCUCUUCGUGUGUGAGGAGGAAAACGUUCUCCUGAGUGGGAGCUAUGACCUGAGUAUCAGAUCCUGGGAUCUGAAAAGUGGGGCUUGCAUACGAAUCUUCACUGGCCACCAGGGGACAAUCACUUGCAUCGAUUUAUAUAAGGAAAUGCUCGUGUCUGGAGCAAAAGAUUGCCAGGUGAAAGAGUGGGAUAUAAACACAGGGAAGUGUCUGAAGACAUUUAAACACAAAGACCCCAUCUUGGCCAUCAAGAUCAACGACACCUACAUCGUGAGCAGCUGUGAGCGAGGAAUAGUGAAAGUGUGGCACAUUGUCAUGGCUCAGGUGGUAAAGAUUCUCAGCGGCCAUGAGGGAGCUGUGAAGUGCCUGUGCUUUGACCAGUGGCAUCUCCUCUCUGGAAGUGUUGAUGGCCUAGUCAUGGCCUGGAGCAUGGUGGGAAAGUAUGAGCGAUGCCUCAUGGCCUACAAGCAUCCCAAGAUGGUGAUCAACACAGAGAGCAAUAUCCUCCUAUUCCAGUUUGAGAAUAUCAAGUGGCAGUACUUCCUAGAACGGGCCAAACAAAGAAAGACCAGGGAUAAAGAGGACAGGGAGGAAAACCUCCCGGAAGUCAUGUCUAAGGCUAGCACUCCGAUUCACAACCUGGGGAGCUCCAUAUCUAAUAAAUACCUGGUGGCCCAGGAGUCCCUGUUAAGUAAAUCUCACAAGUCCCGCGUUCUCCUGUUGCCAUCCAGGACAAUAACAGGCUUAAUUGAAUUAUGUACUUACUAUGGUUUUUUCAUCAAUCUUAAUUUAGCAGGGUCAUUAGAGGUGCCUCAAAGUCAAACAAAGCUAAAAUCACCCCGAAGAGAUGGAGACAGCAAAAUGAGAGUGAGUGCUGUUUCUAAGGAAGUCAUUAGCUCAGACAGUGAGCAGGAGAGUCAGCAAGCAAAAUCCCUUUCGGGAGAUGAUAUGGAGAAAGUACCCAAAAAAGGACAACUGGAAACUUUUGGACACAGGCCCAAACACUCAAGGAGGAAGUCCUGGAAAAUCUCUAUGUCGCCCGACCGGUUCCUACUGACAGUUAAUGCCCUGCAGCAAGCCCAUACUUCAGGGAAGUAUGCCUAUCCGCAUAGGACAAAGUCCCAAGUCAUUGAUGUUUGGGAACCUUCAAUUUCACACCCAAGGAAGGUCCUUAGUUUCAAAGGAAAAUCAUUACAACAUGCAGUUGACACGUUGAGAGUCAGCCACCCUCCCAUAGAUGUGAAACAAACCAAUAUUUCCCUUGAAAUCCAGAAACUGCAGCCCAACUUGAAGAACUCUUUGCAUGAUUCCCGAGUCCAGUCUUCCAUACCCCAGCCCAUGAUUAUUCGCUCCAGGAUCUCUGGCAGCUUAAAGAUUGAAGAUCAAGUCACCAUCACCAGUUCUAUUGACGGGGCAGUACGCAGCUUCAGACCCUUAACCAGCCUGCAUGUCAUUAAGGCAAACCACAUGGUGGCUCCACAAGUAGACAUGACAACCCAGCCUGUCAAGAAAGAACGGCCUUGCUACUGCCCGGCCCUGGAUCCAUUUAGAAUGAAUAGCGAAUUCAUGCUGUUGACUGUGAGGGAGGAGAAAGAGUACCAGGAAGCCAAGCUGAAAGAAUAUCAGGCCACAAAGCCCACUGAAGUGGUCAACCCAGAAAGGGCCAGAAAAGCUGCAUGGAUCAGGAAGAUCAAAGGCCUGCCCAUAGACGAUUUCAUGAAGCAAGGGAAAACCGCAGCCCCUGAACUUGGUCCAAAUGUUUUUAUCUGAACCAGCCUUGUGAAAUUACAAUGUCUUGCAAUAAAAAGGAAACCAAGUAGA